AAAGCUUCAAAGAUAAUUAGAAUAAAAUUCGAGAAUUUCAAUAAUAAACAGAAAUUAACGCAUGAUGGACAUACUACAUGAUAUAAUAAAGAUUUAUUCUGCUUAUGUGUGAAAAAUAAAUAAAAUAAAAAUUAUUCAUAUCAUUUUGUUUUUUCCAAAGUAGUUUAGAACCACUCAUCCCACUCCAAUCGAAGCUCGAGAGAUAAAUUUCAAGUUCAGUUUAUCAAAGUUUGGGAAGCGAAGUAGAGAAAUGCCGACGUUGAAUUUGUUCACAAAUGUUCCAGUUGAUGGCGUCGUUGCUUCUGAUAUUCUCAAAGAUGCCACUAAAGCUGUUGCCAAAAUCAUCGGCAAACCCGAAUCUUACGUGAUGGUGGUGGUGAAUGGAGGCGUGCCGAUUUCGUUUGGUGGGACGGAGGAGCCGGCGGCCUACGGCGAAUUGAUCUCCAUUGGGGGGCUUGGGCCCAGUGUGAAUGGUAAACUCAGUUCAACCAUAGCAGAGAUUCUGCAGACCAAGCUUUCCAUCGACAGCGCUCGCUUCUAUGUCAAGUUCUAUGAUGUUGAGAGAUCUUUCUUUGGCUUCAAUGGCUCAACUUUUUGAUUGAAUGUGACAUGGUUUUGAGCUCGAGUUGGAGCAGCCCUUAUGAUCAUGUUGGGAGCUCUAUUAUCACCAAUAUCUUCUCUUCCUCUCUAUUCUUGCUAACACUUUGAUCUUAAUUUGUCAUUGCUUUUUCACCUUUGAAUUCUUAACUUCACAAAAGAUUUGUUCUCUUCAUUUAGCAUUUUUGUUCUAAA